AUGGAUAUUUAUCAAGAUCAUGUUGAUAUGAUCACUGUUUAUAUUGAAGAAGCACAUGCACUUGAUGAAUGGCCAAUUGGUAGUCGAAUAUGUUAUGUUCAACCAAAAUGUGAUGCUGAUAGAAUUAGUAUUGCAGAUGAUUUUAUAAAAGCAACAAAAUAUCGAAUACCAUUAUUAAUUGAUCCAGUAUCAGAAAAUAAUCUAUAUAGUAAAGUUUAUUGUCCAUGGCCAAUCCGAUUUUAUAUUAUUGAUCAUAUGAAAAAAUUAAGUUGUAUAGCUCAACCAAUUCAAGAUUCAUUUUCAUUAGAAUUGAUUAAAAAUGCAUUAGAUGAUGCUAUUCAACAAUGUCAAUAA